AAGUAAGUACUUAGAGACGGCUGCAAAUGAAUAUGUGGAAAUAUUUCUUCUGGACGUGAACGUUUCUCGCCUGCAUGCUGCCUUCCUACCUGUAAUUACAUUUACCUAAACCUAAACCUAAAAGCCUGCUCUGCAAAAACCGAAGUAGAACAGAAUCAUGUCUCUGUACGCAAGCCGGGAACCGACCGACAUUCUGGGCUAUCACUCCAGUCCGCAGAGGAUAGAAGCGACUUUGCAGACGGAUGUGGACCUGUACUUCCGGGGGGACACGGAAGAGUUGGUAGCGUCGCUGCGUCGCGGAUCGCCGACGUCGGAAGGUGAUAAAGAAGGGAUCACGGGAAGUGGUGCUGCUGCGCUAGGGAACAACAACAAAGUGCGUGGAGCAAGCACGAAAAGAACGACGAGCCUUUCAACAUCAUCCUUUGCAGGCACACCUGCCGUCAUCUCGCCCGUAGCUCUUCCGUUUGUCCACGAGAAUGAGGAGGGCUUAGCGAGCAGUGUAGAGGACAAGUACAUAGAGUUGUCUCACGAUGGAAGUAGUAGAAGCCCUUCAUCCAGCAACGAGGAAGUGGCUUCCACUCCGGAAACUCCGUGCUUCUACAAGCGGUGGGGGUCUCAGCGGAGUAGCCGGAGUUAUAAUUCCACGCUCUCAGGAGAAGUUUCCUCUUCAGGCGGUGGAAGAAGGUCGGCCGGUUCAUCCUUGCUCGGGGCACGAAAUGAGGACCACCUCGAUCCGGACAGUGAAAUUAUGAGUGGGACCUACCAGUCGAGUGGAAGUAGUAACGCAGGAGCAGCUUCCAAGUCAAGUAGCGAGAAACACGGUAAUAUUGCACGGCUCAGAAGAAAAAAAAGCCGCAGCAAUAUACUUGGAAAGGGAAAAAAUGAUCUCCAGACAUCAUCGUCGGUGUCCUCUUUUGCGAGCAGUGCUACUGCUGUCAGUGGGUUUUCCUCGGGGACGACGGGUAAUUAUCACCCGACACGAACAAACAACCCGGAUGCAUCGAAAGCGAAACGCGUAGGACUGUUGCGGAAAAUUGUGAAGAAUGUUGUUCUGCCGCUGUUGGAGCUCGGGAGAAGCAAAUCCAAAAACCACGAGCGAGCUGAUGGAGGAAUAAAAGAAGCCUCGUCUCGACGUCCGGGAGGUUUCAAUACCGCUACGUCCUCGCGUGGCAUCAACAAACACGGGAUCGUGGACGAAGAUCAUGAGAUGAAUAAAUCUUCAGGAAGACAAGCGGGAGAAGAUCUUCAUUCAAUUUCAAGCAACGGCAGACGAAGAAGACCAUCUCUGCCCCCCCGGCUCCGGUCUGCGAGGCACCUACUCGCGAGCCGAGAGUAUGAACGACAGGUCGAAGCGCUGCUGCGCCAGUAUUGGCAGGAUUUCCAGAUGAACGCGGAAGAAAUGGAGCAGAAACUUGCUGAAGGAAGGCGAGAGAGGAUCACUUGCACUGACGAAAAAGGGCAGCAUCGCCAUUCUAGGUCGUGUAGUACAAGAAGUGACGCCAAGGCCGCAAGGACCUCGGCAGAAGGAGAAGAGGAGGCACCAUACGUUGAUACUGGCCAGCACACGACUUCUUCCCGACCGAGUUCCACGGCCGGCGUUCAGACAGAGGAGACCGGGGAUGUGGUCUCUCGGCUUGACCAGCACAGUAGCAGAGUGGCGAUUUCUCACCUUCCUGAGGUGUUUGGAAUGAUCGGGGGACGACAGCAUACUUCCAGUGUAGAACGCCUUACUAGCAAUGAUAUGGCUAGUAUGUAGUGAGGUCACCGAACGGUUCUAACCGGGGAGUUUUUUUGCCACCCAGACAGCAAAACGGCCGUCAGUUUUCAAGCGGCCGGAAGCGUUUUCUGACAUAAAAGAUUUUCAAUUACCAAGCGGCCGGGGCUUUGCCAUCAAACAAGCCCGGUCGAAAACUAUCGAUUCGCACUUGAUAAAACGACGCAGGAGAGCCGGCAAAAGGGGCGCCCUUCUGAGGCGCCCACCGCCUUGGUUUCUGGCGAUUUGGGGCGCCCAAAAAGAGGCGCGCAAAACACGCGCCCGAAAUCAGAACAGCGAAACAGCAUGGCACGGCCGCGAUUUCGGAGCAUUUUGGGCAGCCGCGAAGGCGGCCGCCUUUCCGCCGGCUUCAGAGCCUGGGAAGCUUUGCAAAAAGCGCCGGCGGGAAAAAUAAAAACGCAAAAGAGAAAAAGCGCGCCAGACGCGCAAAGCCAAUCCGCAUGCUAUGGGUCCGGUUUCCCUUCGCUUUUUGGGCGCCCCCCGUGGCGCCCGGAUCGGCCCCAUAGCAUGGGGCCUCGCUUUCGGAAUGGAAUUUCGGGAAUUUCCCAAAAUUUGCGAUGUUUAUCAAGCGGCCGCCAUACCGUGCGGCCUAACGUUACUCGCGGCGGUAUGGCGAUCCCAGAAAAAGCAAAGCCGCGGCCAAGGCGAUGGCCGGCAAGAAAACGCCCACGGCCUCACUACCUCCGCCCCGGCGGCUAUAUUUGGUACUAUGAGUCAGAGCAAGGAUUUGUACCCUCCAGCUGUUGACACCGACGAGCACGAUGAGAAGAGCUCGGGGAGAAACAGCGGCGCAAGCGUCUUUAGAGCCUCCGACACAAAGAGAAGUCUGCCGUCCUUCGAAAAGAACAUUGUGCAGCAGAUUGCGAGCAACGCACAGCUGCACAACCGCCGGCUGCACAGCUUCUACCGGGAUGAAAGCCGGCACACGCUGCGUGACUUGGUCCUUGCGCCGGAGUCCAUGGAUAGUAAGGACAAAAAUCUAGCCGGUGCUAUUACUUCCUUGGAACAAAUAGAUCCGGUAGAUAGACUAUCGACAUCUACAUCUAAGUCUAGUAACCAGGAUCAUCGCGUUGGAGGCUUUCAUAGCGGUAGUGUAGUUGCAGGAGCACAGGAGCCGUUGGAUCACGAUGAACUACCAGAGGAGCCAGCAGAGAGAAGCAUUUAUGUCGAUGCGGAAAACGAAAAGGAAAACAACACCACCGAGAACUCUGCCACCAGGCUCGAAGAUGUUCUGCUGUCAAAGUCCGAAACAAUUUUCUCUGCCAGGUGGGAAGCCGAAGUCGAGGAGGACUUUUUGCGGAGCCUGGACGACCUGAGCCCCAUCGCGCACAAGGAAUCUCCGCCACGGCCCUUUGAUGGAGAUUGUGCGGGGGGACGACCACAAGUGGCAACUUCUUUCGACGUCAAGUUGGAAGAAAACGGGAACUACGGUGGACAACUACCACGGGAGCUGCAAGAUGACGUCUCGCCGGGGCAAAAUCCGAGUUUGGAGGACGAUGCAUAUGCAAGACGAUUUUUACCACGGCGGGGGCUCUCUGAGACUACAAGAAUAUCGUCUGCUAGUACAAAAGCUGUCGCAGUUGGAAAAAGUUGUGCCACAUCACCUGUAGUCGCCCAGUCGAUAAUUCAAAAAUCGCGGCGCGCAUCAAAACUAGCGCCAACCCUGUCGAAACAGACGGAUUAUGAAUCCACUCGCUUGAUAGAGACGGACGACGAGGAAAAUGAGUUCGACGUGUCUGCCAUGAGCGGAAAAUUUACCUGGCCGCUCUCGUCCCCGUCGUGUAGUGCGUCGAGCAGAAGAACAUCGUGCUCCACCCCUCGGGAUGAACAAAAAGAUGCGUCAACACCGGGGCGAGAAAUAAGUACUAACAGCGACGAUGAGGCGGACGCAAGAAUCGUGGAUGAUGCACAUACUCGGCGCUUUUCUCACGACCACGGUGGAAGAGAGGAAAGCAAGCGCUCAGAUUGUUCCCUCCGGUCCGGGGAAAAACAUCCGGGCAGGGUGGAUUUCUACUGCAGGAGUGAAGUAGGCAGGAGCAGCUUCGGCCGAGAAAAUUCUUUUGGAAGAAGAGCUUGUCCAGAUGCUGUGCAGAUGAAUGACCACAACAGCUCCGUUAGGUCUUCUACUUCUCAUCUUUCCAUAGCAUGUCGGCCUCGUCGUCACAUGCCCUCGAGUAGUUCUUGUGACACGACCUCCGACCAAGAUUUGUCCCACUCCAGUCGUCGGCGCCGUGAGCAGCAAGGAGUGGAACAAGCAGACCGCAUGGCCUGUUGGCGGGAGUACCUCGCCGAGAAGCGGCGGGCUAGGGUUUUCUACAAAAAGUUGGAACGUUUGGAGCAUGCCGAAGAGAGAUUUCUCGCACUGGCGAGCGCCUUUGACGCGGGAAACUCAGUUUGAUGAAAAUAAAAAGGCCCACAUUUUGAUCAUACCUGAAAUGGCUUGAUGCGAAAAAAUUUUCUUUUUCAACACUUGCUUCCUUCAAU